CACACACACACCACCUUCACCCCGCAUCCAAGCCCCCGGUCGGCUCUUCUCCCCUCGACGCGCCGGCGAUGAGCUCCUCGGCGGAGCCCCCUCCAUCUCCCACUCUCGCUCAGCCCGCCGCGUCAGGCAGCCAGGCCUCCAUCUCCUGCCCACCAAAACCUAACCCCACAAUCACCACCCCGCCGCCCCAGAAUCCUUCGGUGGCUACCACCGCCCCAUCUCUGAACACCACUGGACCCACCACCGCCACCGCUCCGUCCUGGAAGGCUUCACGUGGCGCCAUCACCGCACUGUCCCGAAAUGCCUCGGGAGCCGCCGCCGCCACCGCCGCAGCGCCGUCCCGAGACCCCUGUGGGACCGUCAUAACUUCGACCGCGGUGCCCCGGAACCUCUCCAACGCGGCCUCCGCCGCCGCCGCCGCGCCCCGAAAUCCCACGGUUGCCACCGGCGCUGUGGCGCUCCGAAACCCCUUGGGGACUGCGCCGGUUGGCGGCGUUCCCCAGGGGGCCGCCCCCACUCUCCCGGAGGACUACACGCCGCGGAUGGGGCAGGAGUUCGACUCUGAGCACGAGGCAUACGAGUUCUACCGCUACUACGGCUGGAAGGUGGGGUUCAACGUUCGCAAGGAGUACGCCAACAGGAGCAAGAAGACCGGCGAGAUCACCUCCCGCAAGUUCGCCUGCUCGCGCGAGGGCUACAAGGCCAACGAGAAGCCGGGUAGCCACACCAGGGUGCUGGUGCCGGACUCGAGGACAGGCUGCAACGCGCACCUCAUCAUCCGGCGCAGGAAGCCCGGCACCAAAUUAGAGGUCUAUGCUUUCCAGCCACGGCACAACCACCCGCUCUUCGCUGCGUUCUGCAUGCCCUGCCCUAUCCAGUGGAUGACAAUGCCUGACGCUGUACCACCUCCGGAUUAUUUGGUGAAUGGGGGUGAGUCACCGAGAGAGCAGAAUUCUACUGAAGGGGGGAAUGCUGUGUGUGUAGGGGAAGGGCAGCGGCGGCCUCUGCGGACGAGGAGGCAGUGGGAGAUGAAGUAUGGGGAAGCUGGCGCUUUAUUGAAUCACUUCCAAGAACAGUCUCUAGCCGACCCUUCCUUCUAUCAUGCUGUGCAGUUGGAUGUUGAGGAUAAAGUGGCAAAUAUAUUCUGGGCGGAUGCAAGGAUGAUUAUUGACUACAGUCAAUUUGGUGAUGUUGUUGCAUUUGAUGUGGUGUCUAGAAACAGUAUUAGCCUCCGCCAUUUUUCCUCCUUUGUUGGUUGCAACAGUUUGGGUGAGCCUAUUGUUUUUGCAUUGGCCCUCAUGUACGAUGAAUCUGUUGAGUCUUUCCAGUGGCUAUUUGAGACGUUCCUGCAUGCAAUGUCUGGACAAACGCCAAAGACCUUUUUUUCACAUCAAGACACGGUUAUAGCGAAGGCUAUGUCAUUAGUGAUGCCUGAUACAAGUCAUGCUCUAUGUGCAUGGAAUCUAAAGCAUGCUGCAACUAAGAUCUUAAAUCAGCUUGGUAGAGGAGACUGCAGUUUCAUCAAGGAAUUCAAGGCUUGCAUCAAUGAGUAUGAGGAGGAGAUGGAAUUUCUCACUUCUUGGAAUGCUAUGAUCAAUAAGCAUAACCUUUGUGAUAACGUUUGGUUGCAAAAGGUAUUUGAAGAAAAGGAGAAGUGGGCCAGACCCUAUGUAAAAGGGAUAUUUUCAGCGGGGAUGAAGGGUACACGGUUAAAUGAUCGCCUGCAUUCUGAGGUGCGGGAUCAUUUGAGAGCUGAGGUGGAUGUUAUUUUGUUCUUGAGGCAUCUUCAGAAGGUGAUCAAUGAUAGGCGCUACAAGGAGCUGGAGGUCGAGUAUAGUUCAAGGCUUAAGUUACCGUAUUUUAAGAUUAAAGCUCCUAUUCUAACACAAGCUUUUGAGGCCUAUACCAAUAUGAUCUUUCAGCUUUUCCAAGAGGAAUAUGAAGAGUUCCAAUCAGCUUACAUUGUGAAACGUGAUGAAAGUGGCCCAUGUCGUGAAUAUACCAUUUCAAUUGUUGAGAAAGAGAAGCAAUAUACGGUUUAUGGAAACCCUACAGAACAGACUGUUUCUUGCUCAUGUAGAAAGUUUGAGACAAAGGGUUUCUUGUGUAGCCAUGCGCUGAAAGUUCUAGAUACUAUGGAUAUUAAGUAUCUACCAGAUAGAUACAUCAUGAAGCGCUGGACCAAAUAUGCUAGGUGUUUGACAUCAUCGGAGGUCCCAGGUCAAACGUUUCAAGCUGAUAAAUCAUUGGCAUUUUCUAGUCGCUAUCAAUACAUGUGCUGGAAGUACGUUAGGCUUGUUGCUCGAGCAUCAGAAUGUGAGGAAUCUUAUACAAUACUAGACAAAUUUUGGUUAGAACUUUGCAAGAAAGUUGAUGACAUCCUACAAAAGCAAACCAGCAUUGGCACAUCUAUGACCCAGCCUGAUGUUCGGAAUCUUAUGAUAUCCUUAUCUUCCAUCACAGAACCAGAAAAGGUCAUAGACAAAUCAAGCAAGGCAACAAAAGUUGGACAAAAAAAUAAAACCCAACCAAGAAACUGCAUUGAGAAAGGUCUGCGUAAGAAGCAGAAGGUGCACUCAGAACAACCUUCAAUGCUGAAUUCGUUGUCUGAUGCUUCUGCUUGAGCUAGAAAUGCUAUGUUUCAGGAACUAGGUUUUGUCACAUAUCACACUUCUCUGGCAUUGACUAACAGCCAGCAAAACCAGAAUUUGUAGAAAUGAAUAUUUGGCUGUAGCACACCGUGCAGCGCAUCCCUUUUUUGGAGCAGAAAUGAUGGAGUAUGAGGUCUGCCUCAGGUAGAUUAAAGAUUUCUUAUGAUGUCCACAUGUCAUCGAUCAAAUGUUAAUGGCCACAGGCAGCUGCUCUCAGCGAGCUUAUCCAUCAUUGUUGCAGAACAGAAGCUCAUUGUCAUUACAAAUUGUGAAAGGUCCACAUACAGCAUAGACAUCACACUGAGCUCUGGGUUGGGCGUAGCUCAUUACCCAGUUCUGUGAGCUCUCAAGCCAUAUGAAUGUCUUCGUUCGACCUGAGACAUCCAAUAGAUGAUGGGUAACCGUUCUAUCAUCUAGUAAAUUAUAUGUGAAGUACUUCUCCUGGUCAUUAUUGACAAAUGUGAAAUUGAAAAGAAAAGGCCCUGCCAUCUCUGGCACCGAGGGAAAAUAUUGGCCGUUCCAUUCCCCGCUGAACCAAUAUGGAGCUAGGUCGAUCAAGUUCUUCCUAGAAACGAGACGGCGGUUCAGACCAGUGACCUUGUCCCAACCAAGUUUUGCACCAGGGAGGAAAGUAUCUGUGGGAUGGUCAAAGCUCUGCCA